AUGGGUCAAUUACAAUUUCUUUAUCGUAAGCAAUCAUCUAAUGAACUGUUCACUACAACAUUACGUUUAUUACUACCACGUACUAAACGAGAUCAAUCAGUUAUAGUCAACACACCAACGUUAAUGAUUCCUCCAUCAAUUUCACCUUAUCGUGGUGCUGCAGCUUUUCCUAUUCCGACAGAAUGGUUGGUGGAAUUAUUUGUUUUUAAUGGAACUCUCUUUUUCGAAACUAUUCAUCAACAAAAAACUUAUUGUCAGUGCCUUGGCAUAUGUCCUAAACCUCGAACGAUAAUCGAAGACGAUACUUUCGAGAAAGGUUGGAUUGCUGUAGAUGGAUGUGUGGAAAAUUUGGAGCAUCGCCAACUUUUACAACUUCAUCAAUGCCGAUUCCAUUCUAAUCCUUUAGCAUUCAUUAGAAAAUUAGUAGAAAAUCGAAACGGAGCGCAUGCAUCUCUUUCAUCUCAUGUCGGAAGUAUUCUAAUAAACGCUGUAAAGCUCUCAUGA